GCCCCGAGGACCAGGGUUGGGAGACACUGAUAUAAGUGACCAGGAGAAAAAAGGGGAAGUCUGUUCCCAGCAGGAAGCAACCAUCAACCAGCUGAGAGAGGAACUGGCAGAACAGGCUACAGAGAAAAAGGCUCCAGAAAAUUCCAUCCAAAUCAAAACUGAAGAAACCAGAAAAGAGCACCUGGAAGUAAAAGUAAUGCACACGGUCUCUGUUCAAACAGUUCACCAGGAGAGGAUCGCAGGAGAAGAAAAGAACGGCAAAGAAGAAGACGAUCGUCUUCUACGAGGACAGGAACUUCAUGGGACGUUCCUAUGAGUGCAGCAGCGACUUUGCCGACAUGUCCUCCUACCUGAGCAGGUGUCACUCCUGCAGGGUGGAGAGAGGCUGCUUCAUGGUCUACGACCGUCCCAACUACAUGGGUAACCAGUACUUCAUGAGGAGGGGCGAGUACGCCGACUACAUGAGCAUGUUUGGAAUGAGCGACUGCAUCAGGUCCUGCCGCAUGAUCCCCAUGUACCGUGGCUCCUACAGGAUGAGGAUCUACGAGAGGGAGAACUUCGGCGGCCAGAUGUACGAGAUGAUGGACGACUGCGACAACAUCAUGGACCGCUACCGCAUGAACAACUGCAUGUCCUGCCACGUGAUGGACGGCCACUGGCUGAUGUACGAGCAGCCCCACUACAGAGGCAGGAUGAUGUACAUGAGGCCCGGAGAGUACAGGAACUUCAUGAACAUGGGCUGGAGCGGCGCGAGGUUCAUGAGCAUGAGGCGCAUCAUGGACUCCUACUACUGAGCUCUGAGAAACAAUAAAGUCUAAUCUCUUUAAAAAACC